UCUCCAUUGACAAAUCAAUGCAAUCCGAGUGAUCCGUCUCUCCCUCAUCAACCUCCCCUCGUCGAUAAUGUGAACAUCACCACCGCCAGCAUGUCUUCCAAGUUCAUCCCACGGCAGCUCCUGCGCCGCCAGCUCUGCCAACCCAUCCAACGCCACUCCAUCACACUCCUACCGCCAACAACGACGCAAAGCAUCAUCGUCGCCCGAUCGUACGCCACCCCGACCGGCAAAGACGACAAAGAGGGCGGCAAUCCCUCCUUCCGAGGCCAAGUCUACCAGAGCACGAAUGAGCGCGUGCAGCGCGAGCGGGCGGAGGAGGAGCGGUUUGCGCGGUACCGCGAGGCGCAGAAGUCGCGGAGCUCGGCGGGGAUUGUGGUGCCGAUAGUCCUCGCUGUCGGCAUCUUCGGCGGCUGGAUGCUGGGUAGACAACAGCCCGGCGAACCUAGCAAUCUCUCCACCGCCCCUCUCGGCCAGACCGUGCCUCCAAAGCACGAUACCGCACCUGCCACUCUACAAGCAGCUUGGUCUGAUUUCAAAGCCAUCGUGGGAGAAGAGAACGUGUCCACACAAGCAUCCGAUACCAAGGCGCACUCGGGCAGCGAAUGGAGCUCCUACACCCCCAAAGAGCACGAGGUAUACUUCUGCGUCAUCAAACCCGGCAGCACGGAGGAUGUGUCGGAGAUUAUGAAGGUGUGCCAUAAGCGGCGCAUCCCCGUGACGGCGUAUUCGGGUGGCACGUCGUUGGAGGGACACUUUGCUGCGAACCAUGGCGGCGUGUGUAUUGAUUUCAGCCGCAUGGACAAGAUUCUCGCUAUGCAUGCCAAGGACAUGGAUGUCGUGGUCCAGCCGGCUGUGGGUUGGGAACUGCUGAAUGAGGAGCUGGGCAAGGAGGGGUUGUUCUUCCCGCCUGACCCUGGUCCUGGAGCUCAGAUUGGAGGCAUGAUUGGUACGGGAUGCAGCGGCACGAAUGCUUACCGUUACGGUACGAUGAAGGACUGGGUUCUAAGCGUGACGGUCGUCAUGGCGGACGGCACAAUUGUCAAGACGAAGCAACGGCCCCGAAAGAGCAGUGCAGGCUACGACUUGACCCGCACGUUCGUCGGAUCCGAAGGCACGCUGGGACUGGUCUGCGAAGCUACAUUGAAAGUCACGCCGAAGCCGCAAAACACCAGCGUCGCAGUGUGCACGUUCCCCACCAUUCGCAGCGCAGCAGACUGCGUCUUCCGCGUCGUGGGAGCAGGUGUACCCAUCGCAGCGGUGGAGAUCCUCGACGACGUGCAGAUGAAGUGCAUCAACGACGUCGGCCGGACGGAGCGCAAAUGGGAGGAGGCGCCGACGCUGUUCUUCAAGUUCGCGGGCACGCCGUCGUCCGUCAAAGAGCACAUUUCUAUCGUGCGCGACCAUGCGAAGAAGGCGGGUAACAAGACGUUUGAAUUCGCGCGCAACGCGGAGGAGUGCGAGGAGCUGUGGGAGGCGCGCAAGGAGGCGCUGUGGAGCGUGAUGGCGCAGCGGAAGGACGACACCGACCAUGUGUGGACGACGGACGUCGCGGUGCCCAUCAGUCGUUUGCCGGACAUUAUCGACGAGACCAAGGCGGAUAUCAGCAAGAGUGGGCUUACGGGGGCGAUUGUCGGGCAUGUGGGCGACGGCAACUUCCACGCUAUCAUCUUGUACAACGACAAGGAGCACGACAUUGCGGACGCGCUGGUGCAUCAGAUGGUGAAGCGGGCGAUUGAAAUGGAGGGCACCGCCACGGGCGAGCAUGGAGUCGGCUUGAUCAAGAGGGACUACUUGCAGCACGAGAUUGGCGAGAAUGCCGUGGACCUGAUGCGAAAGAUGAAGCAAGCUUUUGAUCCUUUGUGCUUGUUGAACUGCGACAAGGUCGUACGUGCGCAGAUGCCCAAGCCUGGCGAGGUACAGGAAUGGUGAUUGUGAUAAAGUCGAAUGUUGCUUUUAAGAGAUGUAUAUGCCAGUGAAAAGAAUCUUGCAUUGUUGCCAAAUAUCAAGGCGAGCGAACAGCUA